AUGCAGUACUAUUUAUUAUUACUAGUUUUUCCGCAAAUAUUUUAUAGAAUAAAGGCCGAUGAUGUAUUAGGCUGUAAUGGCUUUAUUAAAAGUGAUUUACCUAUCAGUUUCUCAGAGGUAGAAGUUAAAUUAUUUACUAAACAAGGCAGUCUUAAGGAUCACACAGAAUGUGCGCCUAAUAAUGGUUAUUAUUUUUUACCAUUGUAUGAUAAGGGAGAGUAUAUAUUAAAAGUUGUGCCUCCUGAUGGCUGGAGCUUUGAUCCCUCAGAAGUUUAUCUUUCUGUUGAUGGGAUUACGGAUUCAUGUAGUCAAGGAAAAGAUAUAAAUUUUGAAUUUAAGGGUUUUGCUGUUUUUGGUAGGGUUGUCAGUGCUGGUUUUGAUAUCGGCCCUAAAGGAAUCACUGUGGAGCUUUAUCCUCUCAAUUCUGAAGCUCCCAUUUUGCACACAUUAACUUCUAACAAUGGUGAUUUCAUGUUUACACCUGUUUUACCAGGCGAUUACAAAGUCAAAAUAUCUCAUCAAAUUUGGAAACUUGCUAAAACUGAAGCUAAUGUGAAAGUAUUAAAAGAUAAUGGUAAGAUUACUGAUGGGGUAUUGGCUGUUGUUGGUUAUGAUGUGAGAGGUUCCGUUACGAGUGAUAACCAGCCAAUAACAGGAGUUAGUUUUGUUUUAUUUUCCAAAACACGGAUAAGUGUCACCGGAUGUGAUGUGAGUCCUCUUACUGGUUUUUCUGAUGAUGGAUUAGAUCUUAAAGACUUAUCACCAGUUUGCCACGUUUCCUCUAACAUGAAAGGAGGUUUUAUUUUCCCAGUCCUUCCUCCUGGUGAUUAUGUUUUGGUUCCUUAUUAUAAAGGUUCGAAAAGUACUAAAUUUGAUGUGCAUCCAAAGAAAUUACCUUUUACUGUCUCUCAUGGAAGUCUUACUCUUCCGUCCUCAUUUCAGGUCAAAGGUUUUACUGUCAGCGGAAGAGUGCUUUGGUCUCCUGAUGGAUUGCCUAUGAGCGAUGCCAAAGUUAUUUUGAAUGGCAAAGAAGUUGCCACAACUGCUGAAGAUGGUACUUACAAUUUGGAAAACAUGAGGGCUGGAAGCUAUAAAGUCAAAGUCACUAGUGCAGAUAAUGUAAUUUUUGAAGAAGUCGAUGUCAAAAUAACAUCUACCAUUUUGCCGGAUCUUUUUCCUAAAAGUUACUCAGUUUGUGGCCGCCUUUAUUCGACUACAAGCUCUGGACCAUAUAAAUUGAAAAUAUUCUCUAAUGAUCAUUUGACAGAUCAAAUAAUGACCGAUCAAACUGGCAAUUAUUGCAUUUACUUGUCUCGAGGAAGAUACAGCAUAACACCAUCAGUUGAUGAUAAGCAAAGGAAUGAUGGUCUCUUGUUUUCUCCAACAAGUAAAGACAUCGAAGUUGUUGACAAAUGUUUGGACAAUGUUGAUUUCUCACAGCUACGGUCUACUCUUAGAGGUAGAAUCGCUUGUAUGUCUCCAUGCCCUCCGAUAACUGUCAAUUUGAAGCCAAAAGGAAGGGGUCCUUCAAAGCAAGCUGUUGCACAGAAUGGACGUUACGAAUUCACCAAUGUCAUACCUGGAGACUACGACCUUUACAUCGAGCCUGGACUUGGUUGGUGCUGGGAAAAAGAAACGAUGUCACUCUCCAUCAUGAAAGAAAUUACCGAAGUUCCUAAUUUUACACAGUCUGGCUUUACUGCUACCAUUGUAUCAUCUCACGAGACUAAGGUAUCAUAUUGGCCAGAGGGUCAUGAAAAAGAAAAGUUGGAAAUGAAUGUUUCACCCGGUAGCACCCAUAUCUGCGUUGCUAAAUAUGCACCUUAUAUUUUUGAACCAGUUGGCUGUCACGGUUAUAAAGAGCAGAGAAUCCGUUGGGUAUCUGGUGCUGUUGAAUUAUUCGCUAUCACUCAUGCUAAUUCCUUUUAUAUUGAAUCUAGCCAUCCAAUUGACGAUUUGAAGGUCACAGUACGGGCCAAGCCAAAAAAUAAAGAUCACCAACCAGAAAAUUCAUUACAGGUGCCUGGAAAAAUUUUCUAUGAGGACAAGAAAUUGGGAAUUUGGAAGUAUAAACUGUCUUUACAACUUGCUGAGGGAGAGUUUGUGACCGUAAGCCCUGCAGCUAGUUUCUCUAUAUUUACUCCUCAAUCUGUUCAGUUAAAGGGAGCGCUUGACUGUGCAAAUAUCACAAAGCCUCUGUUCUAUGCCGAAAAAGGACAAGUGAUUUCUGGGAAAGUGACUACUGGGGAUAGUAAAGGAUUGAUAAACGUCUCUAUCAGUAUUCUCGAUGAAGAUGGAACGGUUCUUCACACACAAGACACUGCUCAGGAUGGCUCUUACAAAUUCCCCCCAAUUAAAGCAAUGUCUAAUUACAGGCUCCUUGCUGCUAAGGAAGGUUAUGUACUUACUGAGCAGUCCAUGCGAGGGCAUUUCAGCGCCCAUAAACUUGCUGAAAUUGUGGUUGCAGUCAAAGAUGUUAAUGAUGGAUCACCGCUUCAGGGUGUUUUAUUGUCUCUGUCAGGUGGUAAAGAUUACCGUCGUAAUGCUCAUACUGACACAGGAGGAGUCAUGUCCUUCCUAUCGCUUAGCCCUGGUGAAUACUUUUUAAGACCCAUGAUGAAAGAGUAUCGUUUUCACCCGACCAGUAAAAUCAUUAGUGUUGACGAAGGUGCUACUGUACACUUUACAUUGAGCGGUGAGAGAGUGGCUUACAGCGGUCAUGGAUUGGUGACUUCACUGAAUGGCGAAGGUGAGGGAGGUGUUGUUGUAGAAGCUGUUGGCCUGGACAAGUGCAAUCUUUAUCAGGAAGAAGCAACUUCAGGAAAUAAUGGACAUUUUAGGAUCAGAGGUCUUCAGCCUGGUUGUGGAUAUAACAUCCGAGUAAAGGAAGGUCCAGAUGUUAACCAACAUAUUUCAAAAGCUACGCCAGAAAAUAUUACUAUUAAGGUUGAGGCUUCAGAUGUGGAAGAUCUGCAUCUGUACGCAUUGAGACCUGAAUGGAGGACAGAUGUUGUUGUUCACAUUACUCCAGAAAGGCCAGAAGACCUGAAGACACUUCGGGUUCGGCUGUCUUCCGAAGAAGCUCCAGAUUCGACUGUCCAUGUCAUCAAGCUCUCUGAUUACAAGCCAUCCGCUAGCGGUUAUUAUCUCAAGACGAUCGUCGUCCCUUUCCCGCCAUUACCAGCAGAUGGCAGGUCUUACAUCGUUAGGUUGGAGUCAACUCUCUCUCAGUCGACACAUUCCUAUACUAACAGGCCUGUACACUUCAAGGCGAACUCUUCAUUUAAGCUUAUUCGACUCGUUUUCUCUCCCAAGCCUCGUCUGAAGGAACCUGAACUUUCUCAGUCCUCUUAUUUGGUAUUGCCUCUCAUCCUUCUAUUCACCGCUAUUAUAUAUAAUAAAGAGAAGGCUUGGAGCCUUCUUACUCUGGCAAUGCAAACAAGGAUACCGACGAGAACCUCACAAUCUGAGGAUUCUGGUUCUGACAGCUUUUUAGAGUCAAAUUUCCAGAAGAAAAAAUCUAAAUCUCGAAAAACAUGA